GGGGUAGGAUUAGUCGCUUAGCAAGAAAGAUCAAAAAGGAGGGUAAUGAGUGUAGGACCCAUAAGGAGGUAAGAAAGAUCAUGUUGAAAGGAAGAUGCCAUAGAAUAUUCGUAAGAGACCGUCGUUUCUCACAUUACCCUCCCCCAAUAAAUACACUUAUUUUUUUUUCUUGAGUUUUUGCCUUUUUAAAAUCAUCACUUCAUCACCUUCACUCGCCGCAUUUGCUAACUCCCCAUCUUCUUUUAAUUCAACUCCAUUUCACCGACGAAGAGAGAAGCGAUGAGCACUCAGAUUUCGGAGAUCGAACAGGAGCAGCUGAUCGAGAAGCUCGAGAUCUUCAAGAUCCAUGGCAGAGACAAACGCGGCCGUAAGAUCCUUCGGAUUAUCGGCAAAUUCUUUCCAGCUCGGUUUCUGUCACUGGAUGUGUUAAAGAAGUAUCUAGAGGAGAAGAUCUUUCCUCGAUUAGGAAGAAAACCGUUCGCCGUACUUUACGUUCAUACUGGCGUACAGAGGAGCGAGAAUUUCCCCGGAAUCUCAGCUUUGCGAGCGAUCUACGACGCGAUUCCGGUCAACGUCAGAGACAAUCUCCAGGAGGUUUACUUUCUCCACCCAGGUCUCCAAUCACGUCUCUUCCUCGCCACUUGCGGCCGAUUUCUGUUUUCCGGCGGGUUGUACGGGAAGCUAAGGUACAUAAGCAGAGUUGACUAUUUGUGGGAACACGUGAGGAGGAACGAGAUAGAGAUGCCGGAGUUUGUGUACGAUCACGACGACGAUCUAGAGUACCGUCCGAUGAUGGAUUACGGUCAAGAAAGCGAUCACGCGAGGGUUUUCGCCGGAGCCGCCGUUGAUUCCUCAGUCUCCAGUUUCUCAAUGAGGUGUAUCUCUUAGCGGAGCAGAAAAUCCAUACCCACCAGAUCUCGGAUAUCCGUAUAUUAUAAACUAUAUAAUAUACGAUUAAAAAAAAUAAAAGAUUACAAAUAGGUGUGCGCUUUUUAAAAUCAGUGAGCGUUUUUUACGGAAAAAGAAAAGAAAGCAGUUGGCUUUUGGAUAAGGAGAUAGUGAGAAUCUUUAGAUUU